UUAUGCCAUAGAUCAUACUAAUUAUAGAUUGGAAAAUACGUUAUACCCGCAUAGGGAAUUGUCACGGAGUCUGCGCAAUCGGAUAAUAAAAUUGUCCAGAAUGAAAUAUCGAGCGUUAUCAAGACGCAUGCGUUUUUGACAUAUAUAUUUAAGAAUUUUUCUUAGUACGUACUCCACACGGCAAUGGAAAGGAUGGGAUUAUUGAGGAAGAGUGCGUAAUUAAUCGACCAGAUAAGAUUGGCAUGCAUAUUUAUUUUCUAGAGGAUGGUAUAUCCAGUUCCAGUUGACAUAAACGACAUGCUUUCCAAUAAAAUAAAGACUAGUUCUUGGUGCGAAGGCAAUUUAAAUACUCAACGUAACUCCAGUAAUAUCAUUGUUCCAGGAAUAUUGCAUCGAGGUCAAUCAAUAAAUAAAAUCUAUACAUCUGAAAAUGAGGAAUUAGGAAUGCCAGCAAAGAACAACGAAGUUUCAAAGGAAGUUCAAGGGCUUAGAAAUUUUUCUGACACUUGCAGCGGCAACAAUGCGUACAUAUUAAACUCUGAUGGACAUCGUUUCAUACAAGAAAGAAUACAGAAUCUUGUUCAAGCAUUCACCGAAAGGACACAACAAAUACGUAGACGUCUGGAUAUGCCGCCGACUCCAUCUACACCUAGUAGUGAUCAAGAUGAUCAUGAUACAGUUGUACAGCCGGUUCAGCCUAUCAAUCGUUCGCCAUCCGAGGGGCAUACAAAGAAUUCAGAUAAUGGUAGCAAAAGAAUCAGCUGUAAUAAAUGCAUCGAUCCUCAAAGCUAUACCUAUAUUUAUUGGUUACUGACGCUAACUUUAUGCUUUGCGUAUAACUGCUUCGUAAUUCCAUUGAGAAGCACUUUUCCUUGUCAGAAUUCCGAAAAUACACAUAUAUGGAUGACUUGUGAUUAUUUGGCGGAUAUGUGUUACUUGAUAGAUAUAAUAUUGAUACGACCACGCGUUAUGUAUUUGGAAGAUGGUUUUUGGGUAAAUGAUCAAAAAUUAACGCGAAAAAAUUAUAUGCGAAAAUGGCAGUUUAUGAUGGAUAUACUGUCUCUACUUCCGUUGGAUAUUUUAUAUUUAGUAUAUGGUUAUGAGCAAACUCUGUUACGCAUGCCGCGUUUCUUAAAGGUUCAGACAUUUUGGGAAUUGUAUAAUCGUAUGGAUAGUGUGCUAUCUAAUCCACACGUAGUUCGUAUAGCACGAACUCUAUCAUAUAUGAUCUAUUUAAUACAUAUUAAUGCCUGUGCCUACUACGCCUUUUCGACUUGGGAAGGACUUGGCAGCAAUGGAUGGGUUUUCAACGGGAUUGGAAGCGCAUACAUACGUUGCUUUUAUUUUGCCACAAAGACGGCAACGUCCAUUGGAAAAAAUCCAAAACCAGAGAACGAAUAUGAGUAUCUGUUUAUGACCGCCAGCUGGCUAAUGGGAGUUUUUGUCUUUGCUCUGCUCAUAGGACAAAUACGUGAUAUUAUCACAACAGCCACUUAUACCAGAAGCGAGUAUCGCAAACUGGUCGAUGAGACUUUGGAACACAUGAGGAGAUUAGGUUUGCCACAAAAACUUCAAGAACGUGUGAAGUUGUGGUUUACGUUUACAUGGGAACAGCAUCAUACAUUAGACGAAAGUCGCAUACUGGAUUCAUUACCGAUCAAGAUGAAGACGGACGUUGCUAUUAAUGUUCAUAUACAAACUUUAGGCAAGGUUCAACUUUUUCAUGAUUGUGACGAGGCCCUUUUACGUGAACUCGUAUUGAAAUUGAGACCAGUCAUUUAUCUACCUGGGGAUACUGUAUGUCGAAAGGGUGAAGUUGGCAAGGAGAUGUAUAUAGUGAAGACUGGCCAGGUACAAGUAUUAGGAGGUCCUGAUGAUAACGAAGUUCUAGCGACGCUAACCGAAGGUUCUGUCUUUGGGGAAAUUAGUUUACUGGCUAUUAAUGGUGGGAAUCGAAGAACUGCAACUGUUCGUUCCCGAGGAUUUUCCAAUCUCUUCGUACUGAGCAAAGGCGAUUUGAACGAAGCAAUACAGCAUUAUCCGGAUGCCCAACAAAUUUUACGAAAAAAAGCCAGGUCCUUGAUGAGACGAAACGCAGCGAGAGAAAAUCGUAUCAAGGAGCUGGAAACAGAAGUCAUUAAGCCGAAGCAAGCAACGUCAGAAACACCACGUUUAUUGAAAACCGUGCUACAAGUUGUAUCCGAGGAUUCUAUGACGGCGCAUCUAAUAAAGCAUGGCGCCCAACGCAGGGCUUCUAAAAACAACAAAGAGGAUUCGAAUAUUCAGUCCAGUAAUUUAACAAACAUCCAACCAAUUGAACCAUCGAAAAAUUCUGUACAGUCUUAUCUCCGAGUGCCUUUGGUUCACUCUAUGAAAGUCAAUACAAGACUAAGCAGACCUAACAAAGUUGGCUGUGUUUCUCAACCAGUGACUUCUGGUUUUCAUGAAAACUUCACAGCUAAGGGAUUGAUUAACAAAGAUAGACUGGUACGCAAAACAGCUUCUGAACCGUGCCUUAGUCCAGAUGACCUCAAUACAUUUCAGUGUACUGUAACAGUGCACCAGGAGAUGCACUGAAUUAUUGUCUAAGUUCGUGAGAGUAGUAGUGGACCAAUGAUGAGUAAGCUUAUAAAAUCAAUAUUUUACAAACAAAAAUGAAAGUAUACAGUAAGUGUAUUGCUUAAGCAAUAAAGGUAACCACCAGGUAAUAUUGAAUAAAAUCUAUAUUUUAUAAGAAAAAA